AUGAGACUUCCUGAAGAGAAAGAUGCAAUCCCCGAGGGAGAUGAGACCAUGACCUUGGACAGCAAGAGAGAGGGUUUGAUGGUGAAUCCAUUCGAGAACGAUGCCAAUGGCGAGACUGAGUACAGGACGUUGACGUGGCUCAAUGCCGGCUUCCUCCUUGUUGCUGAGACCAUCUCGUUGGGUAUCCUCUCUCUUCCUGCUGUCGUCGCCAGCAUGGGUUUCGUUCCUGGUUGCAUCCUCAUUGUCUUCUUCGGUAUCCUCACAACAUACACCGGAUACGUCACCUACCAAGUCAAGAUCGCAUUCCCCGGUAUUCACAACUUUGCCGACGCCGGUCUCUUCUUCUUUGGAACAUGGGCCAAGGAGCUUUUCGAAGCUGCUCAGAUCAUCCUCUUGGUCUUCAUCAUGUCCGCUCACAUCUUGACCUUCUCCAUCAUGAUGAACGUCCUUACCAACCACGGAACCUGCACCAUCGUUUUCACUGUUGUUGGUAUGGUUGUGUCCAUGAUCCUCUGCAUUCCGAGAACCAUGAAGAACGUCGCGCUCAUGUCCGUCGCUUCCUGCUUGUCCAUUGCGACUGCCAUCUUCAUUGCUAUGAUUGGUAUCGGAGUUGAUCCUCCCGUUGGCGCUCACGCUUACGCGGUGACUCCCUCGAGCAUGACCUCUUUCCGCACUGGUUGUGUAGCCGUCGCCAACAUCCUCGUCUCCUUCUGCUCCAACAUCGCCUACUUUGGUUUCAUUUCCGAGAUGAAGAAGCCUAGAGAUUUCCCUAAGGCCUUGGGUAUGCUCCAGAUUUGUACUUGCUCUCUUUACAUCGUCGUCGCUGUCGUCAUUUACCGCUUCGCCGGUACUGAUGUCAAGUCUCCCGCCAUUGGCUCUGCCAGCCCUAUUGUUCGCAAGGUCGCCUACGGAAUCGCCAUUCCCACCAUCGUCGUAGCUGGUGUCAUUUACGCUCACGUUGCCACCAAGAACGUCUACGUCCGCAUCUGGCGCAAGACCAACGUCAUGAACGAGAAAAGCUUCCGCUCGCUCGGCAGCUGGUACGGACUCACCAUUUUGCUCUGGGUUGUCGCUUGGGUUAUUGCAAACGCCAUCCCCGUUUUCAGUCAGCUCCUUGGUCUCCUCGGAUCUCUUUUCUGCACGUGGUUCUCCAUGAUCUUGCCCGCUGCUUGGUGGAUCAUGAUGAACAAGAGACAGCUUACCGCGAACUGGAAGAAGAUCUCCCUCACUAUUGUCAACAUUGUCAUUGCCCUUGUCGGCCUCGCUCUUUGUGGCUUGGGUGUCUGGGGCGCUGCUGUUGACAUCUCGAACAACUCUGGCAGUGCUAGCGCCUUCUCCUGUGGAGAUAACUCAUAG